CCCUCUUCCCGUGCCUCUGCAGAGUGAUCCCUCUGUUCAGUGGAGGAUCUGUGCAGCUCUGCGGAGGAUCGGGAUGCUCUUCACGUCCUCCUCCUCCUCCUCCUCCUCCUCCUCCUCACCGACACAGACCCUCUGAUCCUUCAGUGCCGCGACUGUCUCUCGAUCCGGACCCGGCUCAGACCCGGUCCCGUCCUGCGGCUCGGUUCUCCCUUGGUAUGAGCGCUGGAUGAUGUGAGGACACGGUGGGGGCGUCGUGCUGCUUUUUAAGGAUUUUGGACCCGCGCGCGCGUCUGACCACGAGUUGGUGUUUGUUUACGAAAUAUUACAAAAUAAAAGCGGAAGAUUCCGGAUCGGAAAUGUCGGCUUGGUUUUUGUCGCGGUUCCGGACAGAACCGGACCCGCGGGUUCACCUGGCUGGUCUGAUGGACUUGUGGAGAGCCUGAACGCACCGGCAGCACGCGCACAGUUCUGUUAUCGCUACAUCUCCGUCAGUGUUCACCUGUCCGCUCACCUGUAAGGACACAUGUCUCAGAUCCACCAUGCGUCCCUGGACCAGCACCAGCACCAGCAGCAGCCGGCGGGUCAGUACAACCAGAUCUGCACCCGCAGCAGCAGCGGCUCCGCCGCGGCCCCCGCAGAGGGACCGGAGCCGUCCUGCCCCGGACACAGGACCCGCACCCCCCGCAGGAAGUGGCAGGUGUUCCCGGGCAGGAACCGGUUCUACUGCGGCGGGAGGAUCAUGAUGGCGAGACAGACCGGGGUGUUCUACCUGACCCUGGUCCUGAUCCUGCUCACCAGCGGCCUCUUCUUCACCUUCGAUUGUCCCUUCCUGGCGUCCAACCUGACCCCGGCCAUCCCGGCGGUCGGUGGCGUCCUCUUCGUCUUCGUGAUGGGGAUGCUGCUCCGGGCGAGUUUCACCGACCCCGGCGUUUUGCCCCGAGCCACGCCGGACGAGGCCGCCGACCUGGAGAGGCAAAUCGACUCGGCGGGAUGCUCCAGACCGCCGCCGCGCACCAGAGAGGUUCUGAUCAACGGACAGACGGUGAAGCUGAAAUACUGCUUCACCUGUAAGAUCUUCAGACCUCCUCGAGCGUCUCACUGCAGCCUGUGUGACAACUGUGUGGAGCGCUUCGACCAUCACUGUCCGUGGGUGGGGAACUGCGUGGGACGGAGGAACUACCGCUUCUUCUACCUGUUCAUCCUCUCGCUCUCCUUCCUCACCAUCUUCAUCUUCGCCUUCGUCAUCACUCACGUCAUCCUCAGAUCGAACCGGACCGGUUUCCUCGGCGCGCUCAAAGACAGUCCGGCCAGCGUCCUGGAGGUGGUGGUGUGUUUCUUCUCCGUCUGGUCGAUUGUCGGUCUGUCGGGCUUCCACACGUACCUGAUCAGCUCCAACCAGACCACCAACGAGGACAUUAAAGGGUCCUGGUCCACAAAGAGAGGGAAGGAUAACUACAACCCCUACAGCUACGGAAGCAUCCUGACAAACUGCUGUGCUGCUCUGUGUGGACCUCUGCCGCCCAGUUUGAUUGACAGGAGAGGUCUGAUCCAGUCCGACACACCACAGACCGUCUCCCAGUCCAACGGGACCAGCGGCGGCAGCUACGCCUCCACUCAGCUCCACAGUCACAUGUGUGAUCAGGAUCAGUGUAUCCAGAGCACCAAGUUCGUCCUCCAGGCUGCAGCCACCCCUCUGCUGCAUGCGGACCCUGUGGUUCUGGCCCCUCUGCCCGGGAAGACCUCCACGAUGGGGGGCCCCUGCGCCUACCUGGCCCCGUCCCAGCCCUCCCUGCCGUCCUGCGGAGGAGACGUCCUCGCCCUGAGGGACGCCGCCGCCGACUCCCACUGCCACCACCACCUCCACCAUCACCACCAUCACCACCACCACCACUUUGUCAGCCCGGAGGAGACGCCGUGUGGCACGCCGCAGGGCGCCCUGCCCUGCCCCGCCCACCUGCACCUCCACCCACACCUCCCUGUCCCCUCCCCCGCCGCCCUGUACGACCCCGCCAGUCAGGACGCUCUGCACGAGGACUCCGUCAGAGGGCUGGUCAAACUCAGCUCCGUCUGAGCUGAAACUCUACCAUCAUACGAUGUGUCUGUUCCCACCCGGCUCAGUAUCUUCAUCCUGUGCUCAGGUGGAAACACCAGACGUUUUGUCUUGUGUUUGCUGACGAGUGAAGUUUGAAGAAAGAAAAACAGAGUCGGUGAAUAAACGAAACGUCACUCAGGCUUCAACAAAAGAGACGAAAACAUCCAAUCUUCUUUUUAUUUUGACGAUUCUCUGGAAAUGUUGUUUGUUAGGAAUUGAAUUGAUUCAUCGUUGAAAAAAUAAUGCUGUUUUAAAAAUGGAAAUCAGUCAAAAGCUCCAAAAUAUUUCAGAAUUCAUUUGACAGGUUGAGAUCUGUGCUCACCUCUGGAGUCCAGCUGCAGGUUGUUAACAGACUUCAAACAGACAAGGAGAUUCAUUUAACAAAGGAGUCAAAAAUACAAGAAAAAAACACAAAAAAUCUAUCGAUAAUCACUUAAAAUAUGAUUAUAGAACAAUUCUAUGUUAAACCGACCGAUGCAGCAGAAGAAUUAAGAAGUAAAACUGUUCAUUUUGAAUUUAAAGUGAUUUUUUUCCAACAUGUUUGUCUGUAUGAGCCUGGUUCGUCUCCGUCUCCACGUGAGAUAUAAAUAAAGUUCUGUUGCUAUAAAUAAAACAUGCUGAGUGGAUUAAUAGACGAACGGACUCCAGAGGGUUCUAAACAAAAAUAGAACCAAUGUUGAAGCCAGAGAAUAAACAGAACACGAGUCCAGAGAGACGUGAGGAUUUAAAAUCAGGUUUUUCUUUAUGUGUCUUUUGUUUUGAAGGUCUGAGGAGCAGGAAGUUGUUUCACUCUCUGCAGGACUGAAGCCAUAUUUCAUCCUGUUCACCUCCAUCUGUUCCACCUCCACAGGAUCCGUCUCAGAGUUAAACUCUGUAUCCUGCUGAGAACAACACAUGUUUUAUCCAGAAUAAGCUACUCCGGUGCCAAAUGGACGUCCGUCUUCAGCUGCAGUCGGACCGGGACCAAAGUCAGAACGACUGACUCUGUUUUUGUACAAAUCAAGUGUUUGACUGAGGCGACUUGGUUGUAAAGUUUUUCAUUCUGUAUGUAGAAUAAAGAGAAGAGACUGUUAAUCUGA